AUGCUCCAUUAUCUCCUAUCUCUAUCCCUUUUGGGCUUAUCCGUCGCCUCAGUCCUACCCCAAGAUCCUAUUAUUUCCAAGUACCCAUACUGCGACUGCACCGGUACCUCCAUCAAGACCAAUGUCUCUGUCUUUUAUGAUUACAUCUGCGGCGAUAAGCGACUUGGACCCAGGGUUCUUCCAAGGAAGCUGCCUCUUGGCACCUUCGUUGCCAGCUACGACCGCUUUGGAGGUCUGAGCCCUGAUGAUUUCCUCAAGACGUGGUGGGAUGAGGAGAAGGGAUGGAAGUACCCCGACCACCAUGGAUUCCAACUCGAUGCCAACAACAAGCCCAUGAAUGCCAGCAUGAUCCUGGAACCUGGUAUGCUCGUGGACCGAUUCGGCUACGCUACUGGGCGUUACAUUUCUCCAGCCAGCGCUCCUUUCGCGCAGCGAGCCCUUAACCCCGAGAACCUUGACACCCCCCAGAACUCCCCCGAAUUUCCCAACAACUACCAUGUCUACAGAGUCGUCAAGAAGAUAACCGUCAUUGCCGGGCCCAUUGCUCCUUGUUUUGGCCAGCCGGGGCUUGGAACACAGUUCUUCCUUGGUGAUGAUGUCAGGGUGGAGCAUUACCUUAAGGAUGGCUCUUUGAAGGAAAUUGACCCUAAUGAACUUGUCAAGGAUGGUCCUGGCUGUGGAUUCGAGCGCGAGGAGCUGUAA